UUGAACUAGCAUAAUAGUGAUUGAACUGGGAGAGGGCAACACAUCAGCUGUUAAGAGCCAAGUUAAGAAAACUGGGGCAUAGAAUUCCAUCAUGAACCUUGUGGAUGCAUUUCAGCACACAUCACUAAGGAAGAACAUUUCAGUUUACAAAUCUGAUGAAUUUGACAGUGGGUUUCCAAGUUCUAGCACAUCUUCAUGUUAUGAAUUUUUGGAAAGCAAACUAAAAAAUGAGUUAAUUCGGUCUGAAAAACGAAGAUCAGCUCUGGCAGACAGUCUUAAGAGUGCAUACCAUGCUAUAGAAUAUCAGAAGAACUGCUUAGAGUGGCAAGACCACGAUAUUACUAGUAGUAAAUCAACACUUGAGAGUCUGCUGAUGAGACAGGAGCUUUUAGAGUCACGAUUUUCUAACUUGAAACAUUACAAUUUAUAUCCACAUGUUUUCAGUUUGGGUGUUAGUGAAAAGCAAGCACAUCAGUCUUCUAGAUACCCAUCUGAAGCCACACAUAAUGGCAGGAUUAAUUCUUUGGAAAGGGAAAUUAUUCACAUUAAAGAUAAAAUGAGAAGCUAUGGCUCAAUAUGGGCAGAAAGCAAUGUAAGCACGCAGAAUGUGUGUCAGGACAGAAAAGGUGAUGAAGCUGAGGCAAUGGAGAAUGAAGGAUUAAGACAACAUGCAGAACUUAUGGAGGCUAAGUGCAGCAGUGCACAACGAGAGAGAGAUGUCCUGGAACUACAGAUCGCAUCACUUCAUUCUGGACUCCAUCAAGCAAAAGUUACCUCUAAAGAAUUGGAAAAGGAAUGUGUUAAGCUCCAGUCUCAAAUAACAGCCAACAGAAAUAUCAAUGAAAGUCUUCAUCUUGAGGUAUCAGCGUUGAAGCAGAACAAUCACACCCUAGAAAACGCUGUCAAAGGAUCUGAGAGUGAAAAAAAAUCUCUUCAUGUACAAGUUGAAAGCCUGCAAAAAGAAAAACAGAUUUUAGCAUCUCAAAAGGAGCUGCUGUUCGAAAUUAUGAAGAAAAAAGGAAAACAGAAAUAUCAUUCUGAAAAGCUGAACAGAAGAACCCCUGAAAUUAUCCAGACCAAUGCCAACAGUGAAAGAAAAUACAUGAGCUCUACAAGUGGAAGCUCAAUUUCUCAAGUCCCCAGCUUGAGACAUUCCAGGAGAAGGAGAAGAAAGGAAAAGAAAUGUCACCCAAAGGAACAUAAACGCUCACAAAGUAAUGACUGUCAGAUAGACUGUGAUAGCAAAGAAAAAGCUGGAAACAGUGGGAUUAAAGAAGAACAAGUCUUGGAAGAAAGUGAAUUAAAUGUGAAGGAUGGGAAUUCGUUGGAGAAUGACACUCACAGAUAUGCAAGCACAAGAUCAGAACUGAAUACAGACAUUAUCUUUGCCUGCUAUCAACAUCUGGCAGAUUUACUCAAUCAAUUAGAAUGUCUUAAGAUGAGUAAUGUGAGAUUAGACAAUGAAAAAGAACAGAUUUUAACAUUUCUUCUAAGGUCGAUAAAAGACUUCCAGGACUGGAAAAUAAAUAAUGAAAGUAGCAGAGAACAAGUGGAAAAGCUUCUAAAUCAACGCAUGGACCUGAGAGAAAACAAUCAUAAAAGAAUGAAUCAGAUUACAGCUGUCAUAAUUGAGCUGAAGCAUCUCAGGCAAGCCUACAACGGACUUUUCAGGCAUUCUCAAGAUCCCGAUGACAAGAAGGCAAUGCAGUGGAUAAGCAGAGUACAGGCAAUUAAGGAUUCUUUGAAACUCCUUCAAGAAGCUUGAAUCCUCCCCUUUUAAUGAAAAAACAUCAUGAAAGAAAUGGAAACAAAUGAAAGGUUUAAUAAACAAGUUAUUCAAUAGUAUUAGGUGCGAACACACAGGCCGGUCAUGUCGCGGGUUACAAUGUGGAUGCGCUGCACUGGAGUACCCCGUGGCCGUAAAGGCUCUUAAUGAACACUACAUCAUUUAGUCAGUUUGCAUUGUUAAUGACUGCACAGUUUUGAAUAUUGCAACCGACAUGACUGUCCCGUGUGGUCGUACCCUAAUUGUGUUAUAUUAAAGUGGUAGUGGUAAUGGACAUCACA